UCCCAAGGAGGGUGAGUUGAGGGAAAGACGAAGCCACCCUGUCAAUCAUAAUUAAGGAACCAUGGGAGUAAACUGGUAGGGAAGCUCGGCGGAACCACUGUGUUUACGGUGAAGAUUGUUUUUAAUUUGCGCCGAACAACGACAACUAUGCAGCGGUACACUGUGGGACAUUUACAUCAGAUCUCGCCCAACUGGGAAUCGCUCCACUUUGACGGGAAUUAGCAUGAAGCGUUACAUAUAACAAACCAAAAAAAAAAAAAAAACUUAGCGACUCUCAGUUUGCCUGCGCCUGUUUUUUGCCCCCACAGCGUUCCAGUUUGAGCAAAAUACACAAGUCACCGUUGAUAUUUGUACAAAAGGCGGUGCCGCGGAGGUUUCUAUCAACUCCGAGCUCAGGAUAUAUCCGUCUAUUUGACUACAACUCGUGGAAAAAAAUCUGGUCUGUGCAUUUCAGAGAACUGCCUUGUCGGUACGAGAAGACACUCCCAAAAACAAACGAAGCCCAAACAGAAAUCUCUCCGCUCAGAAACUCCAGGGGGGGGAGAGCAAGAGAGAGAAAAGGGAGCCGAUAUGAGUGGGGGAGAUGUGGUGUGCUCAGGGUGGCUGAGAAAGUCUCCUCCUGAAAAAAAGUUGAGACGUUACGCAUGGAAGAAGCGGUGGUUUGUUCUUCGCAGUGGCCGUCUGACAGGCGACCCAGACGUGUUGGAGUACUACAAGAAUGACCAUGCCAAGAAGCCCAUCCGUGUGAUUGAUCUUAACUUGUGUGAGCAGGUGGACGCUGGGCUGACGUUCAACAAGAAGGACUUGGAGCACAGCUUCAUAUUCGACAUCAAGACCAUUGACCGAGUCUUCUACCUGGUGGCUGACACCGAAGAGGAGAUGAAUAAGUGGGUUCGCUGCAUCUGCGACAUCUGUGGUUUUAACCCCACUGAUGACGAGGCAGCAAAAGCUGCUCACCAGUCAGCCAUCGGAGGCCUUGUGGUGGAUACCCCCCCACACCCAGCACUGGGUAAUAUUGUUGGUCCAGCAGCAGUGCUGUCCAAUGUGCCACCUCCAUACCAGCCGGUCAGUGUGCGACACCUGGACUCUCAGUCCAGCUCAGAGGAGCCCCAGGAUUACCUGUGGCUGGUCAACUGUGAGAGCAAAAAGCCUGAACCCAACAGCCCAUUUAUUUUUUUUUUGUACUGCCACUCUCGCCCUUCUCUCUGCUGUGUGGUGUGUAGCUCAGUGCAGCUUCACUCUCCACUGGAGGGAGACCAGGAGUAUUUGCUCCUGGAGGAGUGUGAGAGCAAGACUCUUCCACCCCAGGCUAGUCUAGCCCAUGCUGAGUGUUCCAAGUCUACCUCUUCAGAGACGGACCUGAAUGACAACCUCCCCUCUCACCGCACGCCCACGUCCUCCACCUCCUCGGCUAAACACACCUCACACAACGGCUUCUUCCCACAGCACCCGGCCCCUGCCUCCGCCUCUUCCAUCUACGACUCGCCUCCAUCACGCGGUGCCUCGCUCUCAACUGACAGCGGCCUUUACCACCUCCCUCGCAGCUACUCCCAGGACACUGUGCUGCUCCCUAAGUCAGCCUCCUCCCCUUCAGCCCAUCCGGACAGCGGGGACGGCUCUGAGCUCUAUGUCUUCAACACACCAUCACGGAAGCCCUCAAUGGAGACACAGAUGCGCAACCUUUCCAUCAGUUACGAUAUCCCACCGACACCUGGCGCAAACUGUACCUACCAGGUGCCCCGCACUUUGUCAAUGUCGACAGGGGUAGUAGGCUCAGAGGGUGGGGGAGAUGUAGUACCCCCUCCCAGACCACCCAAGCCCUCGCUCAGUUCCACCUCAGGACCCCCGCCACCCCCUGCUGAGCGCUCCCCUACGGACACCUAUUGUGUGCCCCGCUCAGCGUCAGAGACGGACGGAAACUACUGUGUGCCUACUAGUGCUGGGAAUAAGGCUUUACGCAGCAACACUAUUGGCACUGUGGACUGUUCACGCAUCCGCAAAGAUUUUGGAUCCCAGGACUGCUACGACAUACCUAGAUCAUUCCCUUCUGACAAAAGCUGCUCAUUUGAGUUCAAUGAGACCUUCAACAGCUACUUCAAAAACAAAGGAAUGAUGCCAGUGGGUAGCCAGUCCACAGAGGAGGUAGACCAGAACUAUGUACCCAUGAGUGCCAACUCCCCAUCACACCAUCACUCGGGCAGUUUGCCAGAGCCGAUGCACGAAGCGAACUAUGUGCCCAUGACCCCAAGCACCAUGGAGUUCUCCUCCCUCGGAAAGCAGGUCCCCCCACCCGCCCACAUGGGCUUUCGCUCCAGUCCCAAGACCCCUCCUCGCAGGCCAGUGCACGGGGACCAGCCCCCACCGGUCGACCGAAAUCUCAAACCUGAUCGUAAAGGUCAGAGUCCUAAAAUAAUAAGAGCAAAAGGUGUCGGUUUAGAGCGAACCGACUCUCAAACCGUAGGUGAAUUCCCGAGGGGACGACGCAAGGGAAGACCCGCUCCACUGGAGAUUAAACCACUGCCAGAAUGGGAGGAGCCCUGUACACCUGUCCGCUCGCCUGUCACACGGUCAUUCGCUCGGGAUUUCUCUAGGUUUCCAAUGCCAACAAGACCCCCGUCAGUGCAUAGUACGGCUUCCAGCACUGACUCCGAGGAGUGUGAGGAGAAUUAUGUAGUCAUGUCCACAGAUGAACCAAACAUGAAGCUUGUUGCGCCAAUGACUGCGGAUGGUGGGAGCAGCCCUAUGGUGAAGCCAAAAGGAGACAAACAGGUGGAGUACCUGGAUUUGGAUCUUGACUCCGGCAAAUCUACCCCACCUAGGAAGAUAAAAAGCAACGGAACUGGCGUGGCAGCAUCAGAUGAGCGCGUUGACUACGUGGUUGUGGACCAGCAACGGACACAGGCCCUUAAGAGCACCCGGGAGGCCUGGAACGAUGGCCGCCAAUCCACAGAGACAGACACCCCUUCCAAAGGACCCAAGUGACCAUGUCGUCCCAAACGCCAGCCCACCCUCCAAACCACUGGGCCUUUUACAUUAGUGUAAGCUCUGGUUUGUGCUUUGGGACGGUCCAGCUGUCAUGUUCCACCUCAGCAAGAUCCUUAGUGCGUAGGGGCCAGUGGAGCUUCAUAGCCACUCAACUGUCUUUAGUUUACACUGCUGCACUGUGUGUACAGUUGUAGGGAGGGGAGUGAGCCAGGAAUAAGCUGUAUGCAGUAUGAAAGCAGGUGGAAUGACUGGACUUGUCUUCGGGGGUUUGACUUAAGCAGACUCACAAACUUUGAACAUUCACUGCCUCCUAUGUUGGAUUAGAGUUUUUUGUUCUGUUGUUGACCUCUCAGUGGCCGGUGAGCGGAUCCAGACUUUAACAUUUCCUUAAAUUAUAAUGCUGUUGGAUGUCGUAUUGGAGUGCAAGUGAAAUCACCUGAUAACAUGAUCACAAUAUUUCGUCAUUGCAACACUCUACUAGUUAGGAUAGCUGGUUAACAGUGUUGAUUUUUUCAGUUUCUCCUGUUUGAGUCUGGUGAUGUUUUUCAAUUGGCACUGAUCACAGGUCAGUUUAACAGUUUUUUUUCACUAAGUUACGGUGGAUGGCUGAAACUGACCCCGAUCUGCGUCUGAGGCAAACUCCAAACCUGAUCCCUAAGAUAACCUAGUACGACAGAAUUUCAGAGUUUUAUUACUUUUUUUUUCUUUCGAUGCAAAGGCAGUUGAACUUGUUCCUUUUACAUCUAACCAAGUGCUCAAUUUAAGCUUUGGAUUCACUCAAGGUUUAAUCCACUGAACAUGAUUUGAUUUCCAUUGACUUUGUACGUGGAGAUGCUUCAAUCUGUUAUAAUGGAAGUGCAAAGACUGUACAAAAGUGUUAUGUAUAUAAACAGGAAAAGUGUCCUUUAUUUGUAUGGAAUAUCCAGCGUGUUUGACUCGAAGGUAUAUGGAUUCUGCAGGGUAGAAUCCUGUGCCUGUCUUCGGUGGUAUCAGGACUUGUGAUUAAUGAAUGAAUUACUGUGAGUUUUUAAAAGAACAUGACAGGUUUUCUAUAAGUUAUGCAAAGGUAUCAAACUUAGGCUAGAGAGAGAGAAAAUCAGGUACUCUUUAUAAAUGCAUACUAAUACAACUAUCCAUUUUCUAAUUUAUUUCUCAAGUUAUUUCAUCAGGUGGAUGUCGUGUCCACUUUUAGCUCAGUAUUCUUGAUUCAUAUGGAGGAACAUUUGCUAAAAGUCUGUUAAAAUGCUUAGUUUGACAAGCGCCGGUCAAUUAGUUUCACAAGUUCAUUGAAAUUCCUCAUUUCUCUCUCCUCUUAGGUUUAAUUUAUUACAAAUUGAACUGGCAUACAGUUUUGGGGAAAUUGACUGCCUCCUGUAGUCGACGCAAUGCAUCUUUUAUAAACAGUGAAAAAGUCUUGAUGUCUGCAUAGAUCUGUGCUUUACUAACCUGUGAACUCUCACUCAGAAGUCCCAAGCAUGUGUCAACAAAUCAUUGCUGUACAUAUUUUGCCAUCAAUUAGAUUAACAUGUAUCAUUUGAAAAAUGUGCCUACUAAGUCAUCUUCAUUCUACUUCACUCUUUCCUUACUGCAGUCUCUUUGUGAUAUGGUCUGCAAAGCUGAUGAUGCUUUAUCUUUUUUAAUGAAUCUCGACAGAAAAAGUAAAUUUUAAAAAUGGACUAAAUAAAAUCCAACCUCUUA